GCUAGAACCAUCUCUCCUCCUCCUGCUCCUCCUGCUGCUGCGGCAGAAAGUUCCCCUCCCUUUCCUUCCUGGAAGGAAAAAAAAGGAAAAUAAAUGACCUAACAUACAAAUAGAUAUAUAUCUAUAAAUCUCCAUGAAAUCUCGCCUCUAGGCGAAGGCAACCGGGGCGCUUCUUGGGCGGAGGGAAUACACCCCUCCCGCGUGCAGCUGCGGCGGGUUCCGUCUUCUUUUUCCUCGUAGGCAUUCAAAGUAGGGCAUGAGCCCCUUCGCCGGGCGCGUUUGGCGAUGGAUUCUCACACCGCCAAAUACCUGGGCUGCUUUUUCUGGCCGCUGGUCGUCUGUCUGCCGCUGGCCCAAGGAGCUGAUUGCAAACCUGGUUGUCACCCAGUGAAUGGAUUUUGUGAAGUUUCCAAUGAAUGCAGAUGCCGACCUGGUUGGCAAGGCCCUUUCUGUGAUUGGUGUGUUCCUUUCCCUGGCUGUUUGCAUGGGACAUGUGUCAAACCAGGCCAGUGCAUGUGUGAAGAAGGAUGGAUUGGUAGCCGCUGUGACACAGUUGUUCAUCCUUGUUCUUCCAAGCCUUGUUCAAAUUACUCAAAGAAUUGCGUUGAGACUGGAAAUGGUGGAUACACUUGCUUGUGCGAUCACGGCUAUAUGGGAAAAAACUGUCAUAUGAAAAAGGGACCCUGUAUUGUUAAUGGCUCGCCUUGUCAAAAUGGAGGAAGUUGUUUGGACAAUGAUGGGUUUGCACCUUAUGCGUCUUGUGUGUGUUCUCCAGGAUUUACUGGACAGUUUUGUGAACUUGAUAUCGAUGACUGUGAACCAAACCCGUGUGAAAAUGGAGGCACGUGCACGGAUAUUGGCAAGAGCUUCCACUGCUCUUGUCCUUUUGGCUAUGGAGGUGUGUUGUGCAGUAACCGCAUCCCAGCUUGUGAUAGUAGCCCUUGUGAAAAUGGUGGGACAUGUCAUGGACACCGUAGCAGAGGCUUCAUGUGUAUUUGCAAACCAUACUUUGCUGGGCCCACCUGUAGUUUUUCCAUUAGAAACACAAGUGUGAAUGUGGUGGCUAAACAAAGACAGAAUCAGAAUCGCCACCUGCAUUUGAGAGGGCACCUUAAACCAGCUCAGCUGCAAGAGAAGGAAAUACUGACCAUAAAAGAGACAAUUGAAAACAGACAAUCCUUGCUCACUAAGAGUCAGGUGAUCUGCUUCAUGGUCCUAAGCUUUCUUACAUGCCUUGUUGUUUUGGGUACAACUGGGAUUAUAUUUUUCUCUAAAUUUGAAGUAUGGCUAGCUAAUGCCAGAUACAGCCAUUUACUGCGCAAGGAGAGGGAAUGCUUUUUAAAAGCAAAUGAUGAUGAAAAUGUUUCUGUGAAUAUAAUAUUUCCUGAGAAGAUUAACCAGGGUAACGAAUAGUCCGUGUAUCUAAAUCCUUCUAUUUAGCAACGACACCUCAAGCUCCAUACGUGUCAGGGAAAUAGAUCCAUUUUUAUUUUUACCUGUGACAAAAAUUCUGGCUUUGGACUAAAAAGAAGAAAGAUGCUUUGCGUUUGCCAGAGAAAUACUCGUUUCCCAAAAAUGUUUUCUAGUUAAAUUGUUUUGUGAACCAGGAUUGCAUAAACUUUUGGGGAUUGAAGGCUGCAUUUAGCCCUUGAGUAGAAAGCUAGGAAUACAAAACAGAAGAGUCUUUUAAAAAAUAAUGUAAGUUUUAGUUUAUUUAGUUAAUUAACUAUAAUGUAAUUACUCUUCAUGCAUUUAAUAUCUUUUCAUUCUCUAACAUUUUAAAUUCAGCAGCAACUUUUUAGGGGCUCUGAAGAUUACACUAGGGCUUGUUUUAGGGAAGGGAUAUUAUCUGCCAAUGUUUACAGACCUAUGACACUUAAUUUAGGUUUUAAUCCUAUUGACCAUCAUUUGUGUAAUAAAUGUUGUACCUUGAUUAAGGUAUCUUUUCUUUUAUGUACACUGAGAGCAUAUGCACCAAGACAAAUUCCUUGUGUGUCCAAUCACACUUGGCCAAUAUAAAAUUCUAUUCUAUUCUAUUCUAUUCUAUUCUAUUCUAUUCUAUUCUAUUCUAUUCUAUACCUGGAAAUAAGUUCCAAUAUACUUUGUGGGGUUUGCUUCUGAUCAGGCACAUGCACCAUUGAAUUAUUGCUAUUGUAAAUAAAAAGUCAAUACACUAUUCUUAAUUAAGAUAGCUAUUGUCAUAUUAUAUGCUAUGUUUGGCAACUGUGAUAUUUCUAAACGAAUUUCUAAUGCUUAUUUUGAAUAAAUGGUUAUUAAGGGCUACACAGAUCAAACUGUAGGAGUAAUUGUUUUCUUUUGAUAAUGU